AUGUCAUCCAUUAAAAGUAAAGUUUGUGAUAACAAUUAUCAACAAAAUGAUACGAAGUUGAAUAGUGUGAGUGGUGCAUUCGUAGAUAAAAGUCCAGCAUCCCUAAAUGGCAGGUAUAGGUCGAAGAGUCUCUCUAGUGAUAAGUUGAAUGAGUUGAACGCUGAUCGUGCGGCGAUUUUGGAAGAUAUGGACGUAGAAUACCUGACGGAUAAGUCCGAAACGCCCGGCUGUUUGGUUAAAAACAAAAUUAUGGAGCAAGGGACACAGGCGAUUAACGGGUGA